AUGAAGUACAAUAUUCCAACUCUACUGGGGAUGUCCCAAAAUGGCAAGAUCCCCUUGGAGAGGUUCAGUAGCCCAGCACUGGAGAGUGCGUGUCUCCCCACCUCCAACGCUUGGAGUAAACAUCAGCGUACUGACCUUACUUCAUCUGGCCCAGACAAUCUGGUCCGCCUGCAAGCUCGAAGCACAAACCCCCUUUCAGAGCAGCCUGUCAAUCAACCAAGGACUAUACUUGACUCUCCAUGUCCAGAGGUGGCCAUUUCGGGCAUGCAGCCCUUACCUCAUCCCCCACCCCAUACUCCGCUACAGUCUUUUCGACCCAUCUUGAGCCAAAGCAGUGAUGGGUUCCAGCAGUUUGUGAAAGCUCAUUCCUCCCCGAAGCAUCAGCGCGUCACUGCUGGUGGCCGCAUUGUGCCGAUGGAGCCACAGAUUGCUGUCCCAGACUUUAACUUGCUACAAGUUGAUGAAACUGAGGGUAGAAAGGAUGAGCCAACUAGCACUGAAAACACCCCCACACAGGCAAUGCACACCAACUUUGCCGCUGGUGGUGAAUUGAAAACACCAUAUGUGACCCCUGUGGAUUUGUCAGGCAUUUCUCAGCAGGCAAAUGCUACUAAUGAUCAGUGUCAGCUCCAGCCCCCCGGAUACGACUCAGGAUACGCCCCGGUGUUCCCACCAGUAACCCCAAUUCCGGGUAUGUUCCUGCAGUCUCGGAUGCCUGUCCACCGAGCGGAGUAUCCAUCUCAGCCCUGUUACCAAGCAGUGUUCCCAGAACCUCACGUGUACGGGGUCGGAGCAUUUGGGGUCGACACUCCUAUUUGGUACCCCAACGCGAAUCCUGUGAUGAACGCACCAGGUCCUGCGACUCCUUUGCCUGCAGUCAUCCAGACAUACAACCCUGCCACAGCAGUCCCAGGUUAUAUCGCUGGUUAUCAUCAUCAGUCUUCCAUAGCGCCUUCAACACUCGGCCAGUACUCCCAAUAUCCAGCUCUUCUCGAUACACGCUAUGUGAGCUCGACAUCUCAGUGGAAUCCAGAUACACCGAAGACAGCCCAGCCCGUCACUCUGAGUCAAACCCCCGUACUUACCGGUCCUUCAAUCGCCGAAAUGCCCAGUCGCAAGUCUUUCGAGGAAGCCAGGAAGCGACAUGAUCUUCUUUCUGGGCAACUGUCUCGCCUGGACAGAUACACUGCCCUGCAUUCGUGGGAGAUUGACCCUGAAUCCAAGCAAUUAUUUGUGCAGCAGCGCAUGUCUCUGGUAAAAGAGUUAGACACGCUUCGCCUGUACAGGGAGCAGCUGGAUGCCAUAUAUGGGGUCUCAAAUCUGGGCAUGCCAAGCGACAGAAGAGAGAACGUCCCUGUUUACCAAACCCGACCGAAGUCAAAUAGACUGGGAAAGCUAGCAAUUAAUCGUGCUCCUGGAACCCUGCCCUUGUCUUCGUCUAGCUCACUGUCUGCUGGCCUAGGUUGGACCACCCCUGGACCUCUCAUCGUGCCCCCGAAUCAUCAAGCCCAUGUAUCUUCUGAACAGCCAUUCUUGAAGCAGAACAUGAAGGAUGUGAACAAUUUGGCUCACACUAUCGGGACGAGGAGUGUGCCGUCCGGGUGUGAAUCACUGACAGAAUCUAAUCUUCUCUACAACGAGCAAAUUCGUCAGGCUGAUUUUGCUCCUGUCAAACGGGCCCUGCGUGCGCAAACCACCAAAGCUUUCCCUGAUGGCCCCGGACGUGGAACAGCUCAACCAGACGGAACCUCGCGGCUUCAAAAGCUUUAUAAUAAGAUAGAAGCGGCCAGCACUCGGCGUGAACCAGUUGGCGGGCUACUUCGAGAACUAUCUGUCGUGACUGCCGGACUCAUCAACGACGGCAGCAAGAAGGAUGAUGGGGCAACACCACGAAUCUUUGGAAGACGUGCUCCUUUGACCUCUUUGACCGAGAGUACUGGCGCAGGGUUCCCAGCCAAGAAUAUCCCGAGUUAUGGCCCUGAAUCCCGUGACAUGCAGCAUAUCAGGAGAUUCUGGGAAUCAGAGCCCUCUCCCAAGAUUCCCAGCAAGAAACUCAGGGCCCCUUCUCCCGAAACGGAUGAUGAGAGUCAUAGCAGAGCCCCUUCGUCGCACACGACAGAUUCAUGGACCACGGUGCAUAAAAGCGAUCAGCGUUACUUCGGCAGGGAUUCACUCAGCGGCGAGAACCCCGGAAGACGCCUCGAUUCAAUCUGGAAAAGUGGGCCCGGGGAUCGCCUCCAUAACACUAACCUCAGCAGUGGCGCUAGCUGGAGUAAGAAAACUGGCACGAAGGUGAAGCCGGUCUCAAUGAUUCAGAGGCCAUCUGCCCCUAGAGGCUUUGUGGCUCCCUUCGAUGGGGCUGGUGACGUACCCGACAUAGGGAACAGGGAGCAGGCCCAAGGGCCGUGGUACCAGAAAAAAGAGCGUAUCAAGGCAAAUUAUGCAGUCGUGCGUGACUUCCUUAAGCGCAUUGAAACUGAGGAGGCGAACAUGGUUUAUGAGUAUCGGAUGGCCGGACCGGGAUCUUGGUGGUAG